AUCUGUAUUAUUAUUUUUUUUUUACUCAUUCGUCGUCGGGGAGCGACGGUAACGCGAUCGCGGUCAAGUGGGACUGUGUCACCGAUAUCAUGUAGGAAAUUCCGAAUCCGAGUUCUUGACCCGUCGGAAAGGAGAGACGACGACGACGACGCGCGUGUUCUCUGUGCACCAAGAACCAGCAAUAGCAACACCAACGGCAGCGGUUGCGAGUGGCCAUUCCGCCGCCUCUGCCCAUUGUCAGCCUCUUUUUUUUUCAAGUGUCCUCGUAUACUCGUGAUGACCGUACGGUUUAAAAGUGACCUCAAGUAAUUAACGAAGAGUUCGCCGCGGGAGAGUGAUUCGAGCAACGAUUUUGCCGGAUAACUCGAUCAUCGCCGAAAUGACGACGGACGCUCGAGGAAGUACGUGCCCGCGAGAUCGGUGGUUUUGAAGGGGGUGCCGAGGGCGGCAGCCAUCCUGCGUCCCGGGGAGACCCGGGAGCAUGAGGGAACGCACUCCCUCCGCCGACGACACCCCCGCGAGGGCACCUCCGACGCCAUCGACGAGACCGACGCCUCCUCACCCACCCACGCCCUCCACAGAGACGGCAUCGGCGAAGGUGGUUGUCGAUACGGGAUUAUUGGUUACCCUAUCAGUCGCUCCGGUAGCCUCGGUAUUAAAUAAUAGUAGUAAAAAUAGUAAAAUAAUGGUCGCGUCAAGCCACAGUCUGGAGGAGAUGGGUGUGACUCAUCCGUCGAGUGCUAGCGGCGACCGCGGAGUCCCGGAUAACAACAGGACGGCACAAACUGCUUUGGACAAACGUAGCAGGCUAAGCAACGUGAUAAAUAAUCUCAGAAAGAAGGUGCCCGAUGCCCAACCGCAGCAACAGCAGCAGCAGCAGCAGCAGCAACAAGAACAACAGCUUCAGCAACGAAAUGAUAACGACGGUCGAAACAGCGUCGAAAGAAACCUUGAGAACCUCGAAAAAUACGUAAUGACUGUCCUCAACGGCGUUAUCAAAGAUGAAGCGGAAAAGGUCGAAGAGAAUAGGGCCGACGAAGAGAUGGAUUCGCGUAAAAAUCAGGCCUCCUCCGGGGCCGUAGAAGCCGAAGCUCAGGCCCCGAAGAACGAACAAGCUUCCUAUCCGUAUCCGGGAGAGGAUAAAACGGAAGAGGAAGAAUGGAGGCGUGUGAAAACGGGAAUCGAGCUUUCGGACGAGGGUGCGCAAGGGGCGGAUAAAAAUGCCGACGAGGCACUCGAGGGCGCGAAGAACGUUGUUCAAGAAUUAACGUCGACCGGCGCUACGGUCGCGGCGUUGCUCGUACAAGGGUGUAAGAAAUCGGGGGAAACUUCGGCCAACGACUUCGGCGGCAGCGGCAACGGCUCCGAGAAAACCGAGGAGUCCGCCGUGGAUUUUUCGGACGCCGGUCUCGUUGGAGAGAAAAAUGCGAGAAGGUCGUCCGCGGAGAAAUGGAAGAAUUCCGAGAGCGACUCGGAGGAAAAUCCGACGAAAUUAAUGGAUAUAUGCAGGGAGCUGAUGAGCGAUCUCCUCAGCAAUAUAAACAGUCUAAUGAUCGAGGGAAGAACGAGAGAGACUGAAAAUCAAGACACCAGAUUGUCCGUGUCAUCGCCUAAUACGAGUUUCCACUGCAGUCUUCCGUUGGAGAAAGUUGCGCCUGUGCUAAAAUCCUGCCACCAGAAAAAUCAAACCGCAAAUUCUCCAUUAUCAUCAUCUUCCGCUUCGAUGUCCCCGCAAAGAUCACUGUCGCGACCUUCCCCUCCCACCGUUAAGCACCUUUGUCUUUAUUGCGACAGAAAAUUUCUGUCCAUAUCGCUGAGGCAACGACAUUCCGAGAGGGUCCAUCAGGUCGGAGGUGCGGGUGGUAGCCGAAGGUCGGAAAGAAACUCUAGGAAAACAAUUCAAAACUGCCAAUACUGUUCGGAAAGAGUAACCGAUCCCGCACUCGAUGGAUCCGACUCCAACGAUCAAACGCCUUCUUCGGAAUCGGUCGACAACCUCGACGGUCUUUUCAGACACAUGGCGAGGACGCAUUCCGACAGGUACUACGCCUGUGUUCAAUGCACCACCAGAUACGCGAGCAGGGAAAGCCUCGCGAAUCACACGAACGAGGUGCACGGUUCAUCUUCUCCUUCUCCGUCGGUUCAGAGUGGCCAGGAUAACGGGGGGCGGGAAACUCCGAACGACCGAAGUACGACGCAGACGGUGACAUCGGUCAGGGAGCAGCUCGGGGAGCAAGUUAAAUCCGAGAAGAGAUCAUCGGAGAUCCAUGAAAUUGGGAAAAAAGAUGCGCUUAUUAACCUCGGGAGCCCGGACUUCGACAGCACGUUCUACAGCAGCGUUAGCUGCAACAUUAGAGAAAAUUUACUCCAUCAUCUCGACGGAAAAUUACAGACAAAUUCGCCCGCGAUCGUUUUACCCGCGGCGGAGGUGAAGGCUCAGCCAAUUCCGCCGCAGCAACAGCAGCAAAAUUUCUACGACAGUAACGCUACGCAGAUACAGUUUCCGAUCGAUAUAUCCCUUACAGCUGCUACUCCGGUUUACAGCAAGGAAUACUCGACCGACGGAAGCGGCGAAAAUUCCAGCGAGUACGCCCAGAGACCCGGAAAAACAAGAACGCACCCGAGAAGGGUGUCGUUCGAGAAGUACAAUUUUCCGAGGAAGUACGACGGUAAGGAACCUUGGUCUUGUUCGAUAAAAGACCUCAGUAAAUUCGAUAUCUCGACUCAGUUGACGCUGAGGAAAAAACAGCAGCUCACCAAAGCUUCGUCGACGAUUAAUAGGCUCGGUUGCCAGAACGAUUCGGGCGAGCAAAUAAUAAGGAGCGCGGCAUCGGGACAGAUGGAAAUAAUAAUCAACGUACGAAGGAAUUCGGACGACGAGAAAACUGCCCUCGGUGAUUCGCUCGACGCUCUUGGCACGGCGAGCGUUCCUACGGAAGAUUCUUCACCGAAUUCUUCCAGGUGUUCCGAUCUCAAUUUAUCCGAAACUGACUCUAACAAUACGAUGUUCACCAAGGAAUUUGCGAAAUUCAUGAGACUCAAGAGGUGGGACGAGGAGGAUCAGAACGUCAAGAAUCACAGGGAGGUCGUUUACGCCGAACUUACCGGGGAAUGGUCCAGACCCAGGAUUUACAUAUGCGGUGCAUGCGCCGACAGACACAUAACUCUAAAAGAAAUGGAGGAGCACAAAGCUUGCGCUCAUCCGAACGUCUGGUGUUCGCAUUUCGAGUUCGCGGGUGAUCAACGUGAUCUUUACAAGCACCUUUUCAUCAACGGAAAGGGUUCUCCAACGGCGAAAGCCCGAGCGGCGAUAUCCCCCGAUAAAAUCUGCACGAAGUGUUCGAGGAAUUGCAAUACCCUCGCUGAACUGCACAGGCAUAUGCUCGAGUGCGGCGGUGACCAGACAUGGCUCUUGGGGCUUUUUGGCAACGGUAAAAAGAAGUGCAAAUGGCGGCCAUUCGGCAGUCGCAGCAGACGAAGAAGACAACGUGGAAUGAAAAGGAAUAUUCAAAACUCGCAACAAACCCCCAGGGCCAACACGCCUAAGGAAAGACCCCCCAGUGGCCCUCGAGUCCGGCCUAGCGAUCGAGAAAGUAUCCAGAAAAUGUUGGCCAAUCUGCCUCCCAAGAGAGCCUCUAGAAAAGUGCUGAGAGAAGAAAAUCUCGCUAGAUCCAGGGAAGCAGCACAAACUGUUCAAACGCGGUCGCGACCUCGGAUGUCAGCUGAAGCGUCGUCCUCGGCGGUACAAUCACGAAAUAAGGCGGUAUUGAAAAAUAAGCUUUUGAAAAAUGCCAAGUCGUUUCAACGCAACCGAAGCAGAAUCGAUAAUAUAACCGCGGCGAUUGAGAGCGUUGUUAGUCGUAGAAUGGAGGCGAUUGUCGAGGGGAAGGCUAUGGAGAGCAGGAAGAAUGAGGACUCGAUAAACAGAGUUGCCAAAACAGCUGCCAAGAACGUUAUCGGCGUUUUGAGUAAAAAGAAAAAUGUCAAAACGAAAAACAGCACAAUCGCCAACAUCGAAAAUCCUAGAACACGAGCCAGACUACUCGGUAGCACUAGGGUAUCGAAUCGUUCAAAGAACAAUGCGACAAACUCUACUAUUCCAACGCCCUCGAAGAAUGCUUCCGGAGGUGGUAAAAUUCAACAUCUGCAACAGACCGGAGGAAAAAAUAGUCCUCUGGACUCUGAAGCCCUCGAAGAAGAAGACAACGAAGAGGAAGACGAAGAUAAUAUAGAAGAAGAAAACCGAUCUCAAACUCCGUUGGGAGGCGUCAGGACAAGGAAGAGCAAGCUCACCGAUCCUGCAGCAUCGAUCAAAGCCAAACAGCAGCCGAGAACCAAUGACGGAAAAUUUGCCAGAAGUCCGAACCCGAGAACCACCGCAAAAGGGGCACAGAUUUCCGAUCGUUAUCCCCGCCGACAUGUACACACCACGCAGUUUGUUCCGAAAUCACGUAUCAAAGCGACGCGAGAAUUUUCCAAAGAUCAAAUUUAUAAGUCGGGAAAAAGAGGUGGCAGACUUUCAUCCGAUAGUGACAAAAUGCCCACCCUGGAACCCGCUGUGCCGGUAAAAAAUAUGAACCAAAAUAACGAUAAGGAAUCCGAUAAACCGGGCAGAGGGAAUGAACUUCCAGUAUUGUCACCGAUCGCGGUUACCGAACGCCGAGCUUCUAAGGGUAUGGAAAAGGACGUCGGCAAGAUGACUCUGAUCGAAGAUCACCUCGACUUCGACGACGUUCUUGAAAAGAGCGUGAUCGAUGUCGCUGCGCUGAAGAACACAUUUCAAAAAGAGAAUGCUCUCGAACAGAAAAAGAAUGGUCAGCACAAACGGAAUAGAGGAACGAGAGGCAGGCGGGUUAACUCGGCGGUUGCCCCACCGACCCCUGUGACUUCUUCGGCGUCAUCGUCUUCGGCAUCUUCAUGUUCAUCGUCGUCAUUGUCGCCGUCUUUAACCCGGGGAAAGGCAAAAACUCGAAAAAAUGUACCGCACAAGAAGAGCGACGUGGUAGAAAAUCAAGAGGAUAAAGAGGGGCAGACGGAAGUAAUUAGAGACGAUAUCUUGACGAGAUUUGGGAUCAAGGUUGGCGAACAAAAACCGACCAGGCGAUCGACGCGGACUUUGUCAUUGCCUAAGGAACAAGAGGACGGAACCAACGCCUCAGUCGACGAGCUCUCUGAAAAUCCUUCGCAAGACGCGGUCUACCGCAAAGUUGGACGAACGAGAAAAUCACCAAGGAAUUUAGCGGCGAAAAACACGACGACGAAAGUAGAAACACCGAAGACAAUUGAGCGACCGAAUGAAGACGAAGAUCCUGUAGAGGAUCGGAUUGGUGAAAAAAUAUCAGAAGAGAGUAAACCAGAUUCGACCAACGAUGCCGAAAAUUUGCUUCCUAACGGCGAAUGUGACCCCGAAGAACAGCUCGAGGAGGAUUUAGGAUUGCUUCAAAGGGGUAGAGGGCUCGGAAAACGACGUGGACGAAUUAAACAAAAGCCGAGAAUCGACGACGACGGUAUCCCCGAUUUGGAGACGCAGGAGGAAGAUGAGGAGACCGCCGAAUUCGUGUCAAAUGCGAAUCUCGAGCACUUGCAGCUUGAGUCGAGCAACUCGAACGUAGAUAGUGGAAAAGAAAACUCGUCGGAGACACCGAUUACGGUACCGAAACCCCGGGCGAUCAGGACAAGGAAGAUCAAAAGCGGACGUCCCGGUCGCGAGAGAACUGCAAAGAGAACUUUGGGUAGUGUGAUCGGAAUUUUGACCGAGGGCGUUAAUAUACCUGUCGAAGUUCAGCAGAGUGUAGUUCUCACCGUUCAAACAUCCGUGGGACCGGAAACUGUCAGUUCAGGAAAUGAAUUCAGACUCGAAGAAGAACACCGUGAAGAAGUAGCCGACGAUGACACGGAGGAAAAAAAAUUGGAGGACGGGGGUGAACGCGAAGUUGUCCAAAGCCUGGAAUCGCUACCUAAUUCUGAACCGAAACCGACGAAUGUUCCUGAAAGUGGUUCAAUCACAUUAGAGGGAAGUACUCAAGUUGUACAGAAACCCGAAAGUCGAACGAGUCUGAUUGAUUCAGGCAAUGAAAAAAUUCUUCAAAACGUUCAGGACCACGAGGAACCUCCGAAGGUUUCGGAAACGUUCGUGACUCCGGUUUCCACAGCUUCGAAUGAUAAGUCUGAGGCGGCUUUGGAAAGAAAGGAGACCGUAGAACCAUCAACCGAUAUUAUAAAAGAUCUAUCACGUAGAAAACCCAAGGGUAAGGGAUCUUUUCUAGAAAAAAUUGUAUCAAAAAUAGCUAAGAAAAAAGACGUGUUAUUAGUGGAAGGUGACGUUGGGUCUCUUCUAGACAACGCCGUCGAUGAAUUAACUAAUAUAUUAGAUGAGGUAGCACCAAAUCUCGCAGCUGAAAGUCUGACGGAAAACCUUAGUACACGAAACGAUAGAGUGAUUAGCGUUUUUCGUGUGCCCGAAGACGAAGCGAAAACGGCCUUGAGAACCAAAGAACCAGAUGAGAAAAAAGAGGUGAUUCCAGUUUUGCCGAUGAAUUAUGAAACUGUCGAAAAAUCUGUGUCGGUUGUUGAAAAGGGACCAAUUAUUAGGGAGAAUAUAUUGAGGAUUCCGGAUAUAUCGUUUCUUCGCACUCUGCGGGAACACAGAGCUCAGGAAUCCGUUGAACUUGAUCCGGAAAUAAAAGCUAACGAGGAUCCCAUGGCCUCGAAAAAGCGUGCCUUCGAAACCAACACCCCGAAAAAAAAUAAGAGGAAAUCCGUGGACGCCGACGCAGUUCCGGAAGCGGAGGAUAUUUCCACGGAAGAACUAUGCCUUGCUGACAUAAUGAAGUUAAUUCAGAAACCGAAAAUUACCGCGGAAAAUGACGGCGACUCAGCGAGACCUGGAAAACGAAAACCAGACGACGAAAGGGACCAAAAAAUCCCUGACGGAAAUUUAGAAGUUAAAGAUUUCGGCCCAUGCACUGUGAUUGAAAAUUCGUUACCCGAAAAAUGCGGCUCCAAAAGACCCAAGCGGAGAUCUGCAAAAAACAAAUCACUACUUCACGAACAUUUGUCCCUCGAGGAUGACGACUCGCGUCCAGUAGUGGCCGAGGAGGACGCUGAAGAUUUUGAAGACGGCUCUAAACCAAUGAAAAUCUCUCCAAAGAAAUUUAAUAAACGAAAAACACUGCCAGACGACGAUAGAGAGUCUCAUGGUACAGAGACCGGUGAAUCGUUGAAAUUAAAUAACUCGGGAAAUCGUUCGGCUAAGCGAAGAUCGGUGCAAAUGAGCGACUCCACUCCGGAAGAACUAACGCCUGCGGAGCUUAUCAAAAAACCUUCCGGUGGUGGUACUUUCAAAGCCUCGUUUUCUGUCAACGAAAUAUUGCAGGAAGAACCCCAAAGAGUCUUUGCCCAGAGAAGGUCUUCCAAAAGGAAAUCAUCCGUUGCUAGCGAUAAUGAUACUGAAAUCUGCCUCGAUGAUCGCCCUUCAACCUUGAAGACUGACGAAUUUAAUGAAAAUUCAGGGAGCAAGGCCAAGAACAUCAAACGACUGACUGAUAAUAGUGUCUUUGUCCCUUUGGAUGAAAAAAUUAACGCGACUGAGCCAACAGAAUAUUCAAACGCUAGCCAUGAUUUUGAACUUGCAGACGUUAAAUCUGAAACGAAGAAAAGGAAGUCGAUAACCGUCGGCGUAGAAUCUGAAGAGCUAGCGGGCGGUGACUACGAAGUGCGAACGGAGGCGCUGACAGAGGAAUCCAAAAAGAUAAAAACUUCAACGUCCGCAGUUGUUGAAGAACCCGCUACGGUGAAAAAACGCGUUACGAAGAAGAUUUCCCUCGUCGACGAGCAUUUGGAUUUGCCUUCUGACGAGCUUGUAACACCCUCCGAACCUCAAUCCCCGAUCUUAUCUUCGGCAGAGGUGAGGGUCGACUGUCUAUCGGAGUCCGGAGAAGGGCGAUUGAGAUCGUUACGCAGAAGAAAUUCGAAGCGGAAAUCCUUAGCCGAAGAUCACCUGGAACUUUUCGAUGAGGAAGAAAUUAAAGCGCAGCUGGAAACAUUCAAGAUUCCUGAAAUCAGCGACGUUCAUUACACGAGAACGAGACGAUCUUCGAAGAGACUUCUGACUUUAAGCGAGCCAGAGACGCCAGAGAGUAAUUCUGAACCGAAAACCGAUACCGUCGAUCACUCUGAGCUACCGACAAAACGAACAGUUGCAAGAAAAUCAUCAACGGAACGAUCUCUCGGUGAAUUAUCCGCCUCUCAACCAAACGGGGGUCCAGAUCGUCCCGAGAGCGAUACCGAGUCGACGUUGAAACCAAUUCCCACAUCCGCCAAACCUGCCGAAGUUCACAUUGCUGAAAAUAAAAUUGAACAAACUGCGACAGAAUUUAUCGAUAACUCCGAGGAGACGCCGCUGAUCAAUGAACACGCAGAGGCUACCGUAAAAGAUGAUGGGGUCAUUGAAAAGUCGCCCAGCCCAGCGCUGACCGAGUCGAUGAAUUCUAACAGCGAACUGGAAACAACCACGGAUAUUUCCGUGCAAGAUGAUGAUCAGCUGCAACAACAACAGACUCCGAAAAAAAGAGGAUCAGGUAACUUUGCCGUUGGGCACACGAAAACCGGAGAGAUAUUAAUAGUGGAGAAGAAAAAAAAACUGACGAAAGAAGAAGCGAGGUUUUUCUGCGAAGUUUGCACUACCAGUUUCACUCGGAAAAGUUCACUGAAAAAGCACAACUCAUCUCAGUCGCAUCUCAUACAGGUUGCCAAGGCUGAAAGUUCGGAAAAAACUUCUGAAAUCGACGAAUUCUCUCCUCUGGAAGGCGAAGAAGGUGACGAUAAUACGAAAGCAAGUGAAGAACGCGAAGAAGACGAUCAAAAUCACGAUUAUUGGGGCUCGGACGAGAGUUUGGAUGCCCUAGAAGAAUCGGUUGAGAAAUUACCCCAAAGAAACACCUCCACCCCGAAAUGUGAGUUGCCCGUUAUUACCGCACCGCUCCGCGCCCCGAAACACUCUCUGACAGCCCAAAUAUCCGAAGAGGAAGCUCUGGAGGAGGAGCUGCUCGACGAAGAGAUCUGUAAGAUAACUGAAAAUAUGACACACGAUGAUUUCGUAUUGACUGACCACAUCAGCCCGGAUAUACCGACGACGGUGGCGUUGACGGAAAAUAAUAUCGAGAAUAGGGAGGAAUCUGACUCUCUGAAAGCUUCGAAGACGAUCGGAAAUCCAAAGGACAAGAAACGAAAUCUCGCCGAAGAACACUUGGAUUUAGACACUCCCAGUCCGCUGCAGACCUGCGAAAUAGACGCAAAUCCAGAAUCAUCGAAUCUUCAGGUCCCACCUCCGGCGACCUCACCAACGCUCUUCGAAAUUGAGCCUCCCGAAAUAAAAGCUGCCAAAUUCAGUAAAUCCACGAAAAAUUUUGUCGGUCAAGAUUUACUGCUCACUAAAACCGUUGCAGAAGCCGAAGAAGCACCUCUUGUGAAAAUAACCGAAGAUACGACUGAAUCGACGUCUUCGUCGAGCGCCAGAGCGUUUUGUCCAAAAAGUUUAGCUUCGGUAGACGACAUCGCAGGGGCAAAAAUUUCUGAUAUCGGAUCAUCGCGUGUAGUCAGCAUUCCAGUUACGAUUCAGCGCGAUGUUCUAGUCCCCGAGGACGAAUCCUCGUCGGAUCGACCUCUGGCCGAAGUGCUGAAGAAGGUGUCGCUGCCCAGGAGCAGAAAUUCACGUCGAUGUCUCACCCCAGAUGAAAAAUCAGGGGACAUCGGGAUCCCGACGAAUUCCGAAGAAGGAUUCAAGAAGCGCUCAUCGGCGAUGACUCUAGAUUUUCUGAACAUUACGGAAAAAUUGAGCGUGCCUCCCGUGACUCGAUCCGAAGAGGAAAGUAAGCGAAAGCCUGACGCUGAUUUCGACAGCGACGAUAGCUGCCUGGACAAAAGAAUAUCCGCGGACAUCAGAAAGCUCUUGGACGACCCGGAAAUGAGCGAAGAUCAGAAGGAAAUAGAAAAGAGCGAAGUCCCGUUAAAAGCGAGUCUCUCUUACGAUGACCUUGAGGCGGGAAAGGGACGUAGAAAAACUGCUGGAAAAAAAGCAGUGCGCCAAAACGGCAGCGGCAGAUCUUGGGGGAAGGAACAUCCUCGAGAGUCGAAAACAAUCAGAGACAGACGUAGGCAGAAGGUCGUGAAGAAUUUGGCUGGCAGUGAAGAAAGCGGUUCGAGCGAAGACGAUGAAAACGACGAUGAUGAAACUAGCGACAUCGAACGAACGCCGAAAUCCACGAAUAAGAACAAAAUCGUCAAGACUGUAUUUGGUCGGGUUUUCGGCGGUGACAAGGUUGAGAAAUCUGAAAAAAUUCAGGACAAGGUGAAAGAAGUUUUGGACGACUGGGAUUCCCGAUCCGACGACGACUCCGGAGUCAAACACGAUCAGAUAUCCUCCUCAUCCAGAACAUCUCCAGGGUCUAGAGUGAGGUCCUCACGUUCCAAAAAGAGACACAAUCGUUCAAAAACGAAACCGAGGGCGAGCGAAGAACGUGCGAAAUCGACACCGUGUCGUCGAAGUAAGAAACGCGCGGAAGAACGAAUCUCGAAAGCCUUCGAAGAAGAGUCCGCAUCCACCGGGAAGGAGAUCGCGGAUCGCUUUCUGCUUGAACCCGACGAAGACAACGAAUUUCCCGAGGUAUCGGAUCACCGCGACAGCUCCAAAACCGACGAGGUCCCAAAAAUAGGCGACGAUCAGUGGGCCCUUUUCAGCGGGGAUAAUGCAAACCGAGUUAUUCCGGCACCGAAAGAAAUUGAGGCGAAAAGAUUUUCGUCCAAGGCUAAGCAACGCGAAGACUCACCCUUCGCUGACGCUGCAUUGUUACCGCCGUGGCCGUCCAUGCUACCCUCGCCCUCAUCUUCGCCGUCUCCAUCUUCCCCCGGGCAAAGUAGCAUGGCUCGUAGUAGCGUUCGAAAUCGAUCGCCAACUCCGGAUCGAAACUCUCAAUCUUCCGGAGUCUCUGAUUCAGAAAAUGACGAUGGUCCACGAGGAAGAUUAUCUCCGAUCUACGCUCGCAACACACCCGAUACCUCAAUGAUGGACAGCGGAUCCGAAGCGAACAGCAACGAUCUGGAGUCCGCCGCUUAUAAUAUUGACGGCAAAAAAUCCGUCUCGCCUCUUGUUUCUCCCAGUCUGAAGAGAAUCGAAGACGAGUCUCAAGUCGUCACGAUUGCACCGACCGACGCGUUGGAGGACAACGCUCUAGAUGUUCCUCGUACUGUAAACGUACCGACUGCAAACUCUGUGCAAAAACCGCGUCAAGCAAAAGUGCUUAACUUCGACGAAGAACUCUUCGUCGAAUGCUGUUCGAGACUCAAGGCAUCUUCAGAAAACGAAUUACGCGGAGCCAAGAAAAUAGAAAUCGUUCACUCCGAUGGCUACCACAAGAAGGAUAUCGGUCCCGAUGGGAGCGUACACAGAACCGUACGCGAUAGAUGGAGGGAUGUCGAGAGUCAGAACAGCCUUGGAAGUCUCUUGGAGUCUGUCAAUCAGCUUCUCGGUGAAGAGAUGUACGCAAACAACGAGAAAGACAGUAGCUACGCAAAAAAUCACGUAACUCGAGAUCCGCGUAGCGAAAAUUCAAGCCGUUCGGGGAGUCCCGAUAUCGAAGCGUCCUGCAGACCCCCCGAUAACUUAGGAUACGAAGACAGCCUCGACGUCGCAUUCGAGCACAAUAACAAACUGAGAGAUAAAAUUCAACAACGGAUGCGAGAAAGUGAAAAUUUACUCGCAAAUUCGUUCGGGUGCGAAGCUUCAACACUUCUUCCGAAUACCGCAAGACUGUAUUACGGGGAUGCUAAAUCCCGAGGGGCACAUCCGCAAACGCAAACCGGAAUCCCCACGGAUCACUCCAGGGCAAUUCAUGUCGCUAAGGUCGCGGUAGCUCACCAAGAACACCAUCCCGCUGGAAAAAAUGUUACUCUAGACUCCGGUGGAUUUAAACAUAAAAUGACUUCGACUCUUGGCGGACUUCUAGAUAAACUUGCACUCUCCAAUUUACUCCAUAGCACUACGAGACUCGAUAACAACGGAUCGACGCCGAUGAAGGUGUUGGCUGAGUUGGCUUGCGCUCGAGCGCCAACUUUGACGGCUGGCGAUCUGAACCCCGAAGUAAUCGGCGCUAUUCAAAAUGAGAAAAAAGAUUUUACCGCGCGUAAGAUACGAAACCCGAUCAAAGAAUUGUUCGAGCGAAAAAAGGAGAUCAACGAGCGUAACCAGAGCGAAAAGAGCCAGGCCGUUGUCGUGGCCGUCGCUGCCCUUAAGGAACUCAAUGUACAGCGGCAAAGAAAGACUACGAAAAAAUCUAAGAAACGAGUCAUUCAAGAAUUCCCUCUGGUCCGCAAAAGCCCCUACAGCGGUAUGCCCGAGAAAAAAAAGAGGAGAGAACUUUUGUUCGAUAAAAAAUUAGACGACGCUUCCAUCCGAAACGACAGGGUUAAGGACAUCUACGAUUUUGAUGACGAAGAGAGUCAAGCGGAAACCACGAUGACCAACGUUGGUCCUUUCCGGAGUAAGACUCUCCCUGGGGAGCUUCCGGAUGUCGCUAGUAUCACCUCGAAGACCAUAGUUGAUACUCUUGUUAAUGGAAAGGAGGCCGAUGCACUGGGACGCAGACUGGAAUCGAUGAUAGACCGGAAAUUUAGAGAAGCAGAAAAAUCAACACCGAAGACCAAAGGCGCUUUGAAGGCGUUUCAAAAUGACAGAGGAAACGCGAAAGAAGUAUCGGACACGGAUAACAACGGCAUUGACAAGAGGAAAGACGCGCCCGAAGUCAGACGGGAAACUACCGUUGGACCCAUGGACGAUUUCGUUCAAAAGAAACAUUACUCGAAAAGAAACGGGGGAGAUUCGGCUAAGAGAUCGAAAUUGAAAAAGCGGAGCAAAACGUCUAGGAAAAAAUCACGCGUCCCCGCGUGGUAUGAGAACGACAGUUCCGACGAAUUCAGGACCGCGGCUAAGGCGGAAGAUGUUGGAGUCGGCAUAUCUAAGAGCCAGAGAACCUGCUCAAAAGGGAAACAAAAUCUUUUCGCGGAAUUAUCGACGUCCUCCGAGAGCGAGGUGGAGGAAGAUGACACGAGUUUAGAUUACGGAUCGAGGAAGAAGAUCGGCGUUAAAGAGGACCUCGAAACAUCGAGAGAGAUUCUUCCUGAAGCUGAACAAACCGUAGCUGGGACAAUGAGUUCCGCUGAACUCGAGGGUGUUAAGAAAACGCGGAAUUAUUCGGAGACUAAAAAAUCAGAAUCCGAAAUGUCCGACCAUCCUCUGAUCAUAGACGAGAGACGAGAGAGCGACGAGGACAGCAGCGUUAAAAACAAUUACGAACCUUCUUUCGAAAUGGAUGAUCUUUACAGAGACGACAGCUCCGACGAGGCUGAAACAGAAUGUCUCGGAGACGAGAGAGAGAAAAACGAAAACGAAGUAGCGAACACCGAUGUCACUUCGAGUGAGAAAUUUAUGAAGGACGACGAAUUAAUACCCCUCGAGGAAGCUUUGGAUCUCCUUGACAGACCGGAGGUCGUCGACGCCGCCUCCGCGAAGGGUCUAAUCUGUAAGGAAAAGGAGAAUGGAUAUGAAAUUGCGAAAGAAGAGAAAAUCAAGCUUUCCCUAGUCAACGACGAACCCCAAGAUGAAUCUGAAAGCCCUACUGAUGUUAACGCGGAUGUUACCACCCAAGAUAAAGAGGAGAGCGUUCAAUUACCGGAGAAACUUUCAGGGAAUGAAAAACCAAUUAUAGGCUCUGAUAAUUUACCAUUGCACGUUUUUCUCAGUAGAAAAGUACAGGAGUCGAAGAAACGAAAACAACAGCACCUGAAAAAAUUGCAGGAAGAGCAGGAAAGGAUUCUUCUGGAAUUGCAGCCCACUCGUAGACAGAGGAAAUGCGCCAUUGGUAAGCAAGGACUUUUGGCAGAAAUUAGCAGCUCGGACGAGGACCUGUACGACGGGGGUAGUUCAAGGAGAUUCCAUGAGAAAGAGAAACUGGAUGCGGGUGAGAAACCCCAGCGAAAACAAAAACGGGAAUCUAGAGAGAAGAGGAAGGAGAGGUACAUAGAAAAGAAACACGAACAGAUAAUAGCUAAGGAACAGAAAGCGAUACAGGAGGAAAUUCUUCGAGAACUUGGAAAGGCGAAGGAUGUACGAACUAUUCCGUUGGUAGGCGACGAGAUGGAUGAUAAGUCUCUCGAACAGCAGAGCGAAGAGUGCGAUAAAACUAGUUCGAAAAAAGUGAGAAAGCAAAAGCCGAAAAAAGACAAUGGUACAGAGGGCUUUGAUUCGUCGGAAAAACUCGUAACCAGUGAGUCAGAGAAUUGCAAGGGUGAAAGAUCGUUCUCACAUAAUCGUACCGUCAACGAUUCACCUUCCAAGCAGAGGAAACCGUCGAAAUCCGAUCAAAAAUCAUCGAAAAAAUCUUCCGGUCAUACCGAGACCGUCAAAUCGUCUAAUAGAGCAAAGAAACUUCCGGCGUUAAACAAAUCUCCUCCGGAAUGUAACGGUAAGGAGAUUAACAAGGAUGUCAAGGAGUCUCGCAAGUCAUCCGGAAUGAAACGUAACUCGACCGAUGAAGAAUUGCGAACUACAAAAUCGUGGAACAAAGUCGAAGAGGGUGUAGGUGUUGCAAUAGGUCGUAGAAAACGAGCGGCAGCUAACCAGCUUUAUUAUUGGUCUAGUUCGAGUGACGAAGAAGAAGUUGUCGAAGAGCCGGUAGCGAAUGUCGAGGAAGACGACGAACGUCAGGAACAACACGGCUGGAUAGUUGGCGAUUCUCACAAGAGAAUGAUAACCAUGCUCGCCAUGGAGAAGCAGCUUAAAGAAAAGCGGAGACGUAGUGAGGACGAGUUUGAACCGAACAAAGCUAAAAAUAAAAAACACAGAAACAGCACGUCUUGAUAUAACUUUGACGAUUGAAGCGACAGCCAGAAUUUUCUACCUUCAAGUUAGCUAAAAAUCUAUAUUUCCAAUUUCAUUAUCUUCAUUUUCAAUACGAGCUUUUUUGCUUCCAGCCAACGAGUGCGUCUCUCCUAUAAUUUUCAUUCGUACAUGAUCACUUUUUCUUUAGUUUUUUUCUUGUAAUAAAGUAAUUUCGUUAUCUUAUUAUACGUACCUUAAAUAAUUUAUAAAUCUGGCUAAACUAUCUCAAUUGCAAAAAUUAGAUUCUCACCAAGUUUGUCAGAUACUCUCCGCUAUAGUCAAAAGAUUAAUUAUAUAAAUCAAACGCAAUGCAAUAGUUGUAUUAUGAUGAAAUGUCGUUCGUCCCCUGUACAUACGGUAUGCAUAUAUGCAUAUAUACACAUCAUACAUGAGACAUUGUUAAAAAUGUAUGAAAAAGAACCCAUAAUGUAUUAUAUUAUUCACUCGGCAUAAUAUUUAAAUGAGAUAUCUGCUCUUCUUGAGUCAAGAAUAUCAUUUUACCAAUAAUGAAUUUGUGCAAAACGAGAAAGAGAAACGAGAUACAACAAAAAUUAAAUCUAAAGUACCACGUGUAAUUCAUGUUUUACCUACACAUAUACAUGAACAUACAUAGUAUAUAUAUAUAUAUUAUAAGUAUAUUAUUAUAUGGUAUAUAGACUGAAGUACGGACUAGUUGAACUUACAAUUAGCAGCACACAUACACAAAUAAGUACACAGACACAGAUACGUGAAAGGCACUGAGACAAUACAGAUUGAAAAUUCUUACAGAAAAUAUUUAGUUUAACAAAGGUGUGGUUUAAAUAAUACUGGUUAGAAUAUACAUAAUAUCGAUACAAUAAUAAACUCACCUAUUAUGAUUAUCAUCAUUAAAAUUAUGACAGUUAUUAUUAUCAUUAUUAUUAUGAUUAUUAUGAUUAUUAUUGUGAUUACUUCUGUUGUCAUUAAUAUGUUAAUAUGAUUAUUAAUACCAAUGUUAUGAAUAUCAUCGAAGGACAGCGCAACAGGGGUCCAAUCAACUAGCGCUUUGGUCAGCUUUUCGUGAUUGCUACAUAUCGCAACUAUAUAACUGAAAUUAAUGAAAAAAAAAAGAAGAUGAAAUGAACUCUAAGAAAUAACAAAAGUAAAAGAUUUAGAGACAUUAUAUAAUACAUAUAAAGCUAUAUAUUAUAAGGAUAUUAUAUAUGAAUGUGUAUAUAACUUUGGAUAAUUGAAGAACUUUGAAGAGAGAAAGAAAAACGUGAAAAAAACUCAGAUAAAUUCAAUUGAAAAGAGUACGGGUAGUGAUAAAAACAAAUUGAAAAAUUUUGAAGUAUAUAGAAAAAAAAAAUAUUCCAAAUACAAUGCAUAUUAUUAAAAAUGAAAAGUUGAUGCACGAAAAUACAUGAAUAAAAUUACCUUCACAUAGGUAUAUCGACGCGCCUUUAUUUUUCGUCUAUGUUCAAUUUCUUGAAUAGAUCUCACAUUGUGGUUGCAACUUCUGCCGGGUUUAAGUUUAAUUAAAUGAAUUUUUUUCUUUCUAAUGUAUUGCUAUUUCGUGUACUUUUCGUGUAAUAAAUUUUAAGGACAAAAAAUCCAUGAUAAGCCAUGUAGUAGGAAAUAAUUUUCGUAACGAGUAUGGUAUGCGUAUAUUAAUAAAAAUAACUGGGAAGAAAAAAAAUCACCUAUACAUAUAUGUAUGACAUCAAGAUAUAUAGACUUUAUUGUAAAUGUACUGCCAUAACCAUUAUAAAUAAGAUUAUUUUCAACAUUAUUAUAAUUAAUCUUAUUAUUAUUAUUAUUAUGAUUAUGAUUAUUAUUAUUAUUAUUGUUAUCAUUACUAUUACUAUUAUCGUUAUCAUUAUUCUUACUAUAUUACUGUCAUCAAUCAUUAUGUAUUACACGAAAGCCUAUAACGAUAGUAAUUAUAAAUAGCACAUAUUGUUAUAUAAUUAUUCCUGUAAAAAUUAACACAUACAUCUAUAGCACAAAAAUAUAAAAAUUAAAAAAAAAAGAAAUAAAAAACAACUAUAGGUACAACCAAUGUAAAUAGAGCAUAUUUUCAAUGUGUCUGAUAAAAGUAUGUUUUGUAAUAUACCUAAGCAUUGCAAAAACAGAAUAAAAUUAUUGAUCAAAAUUA